UAAUUAACACCGAAAUUCUUUCUUAAAAUAAAUGGAUUGUCACCAAAAUUUCGAGAUCUCGUCCUGCAUGGAACUCAGAGCUACCAUGUGGGUGCAAGAUUUCAAAUUUCUUUUUUCAAAUCCCGAACCACAUGACCUUUGAUCACGUGGAAUGCUAAAAUUUAAUUUUUGACUCUGAUUUGGUUAAUUCCCCUCUAAAUAAAGUUUUAUUAACCUGUAAAAUUAUAAUUGAUGAGGUAUUGACUUUUGACUCAAGAAGUUGCAUUGAAAAAAUAUAUGGAGAAAUAUUUAAACCUGAUCAUCUUUCUUUUUACUUUGUUCAUUUAGAAUUUUCUUUGUUUCUUUCACCAUUUAAGUCAAUUCCUUCUUCUUAGUUUAUUAGAAUCUAAGUUUAAUCACUUUACUCAAUCAACUAUCGUCAAUCAUGGUUUACGCAUUAUCUGAAUCUCAUAAACAAUUAGUAUCAGCUCAUUUAAAAGACAGUGAUUCUGAAGUUUAUCAAAUCAUUCAAGAUGAAAUUGAUAGACAAAAACACUCUAUUGUGUUGAUUGCUUCUGAAAAUUUCACUACUACUGCUGUUUUCGAUGCUUUAGGUACGCCAAUGUGUAACAAAUAUUCUGAAGGUUACCCAGGUGCCAGAUAUUACGGUGGUAAUGAACAUAUUGAUAGAAUCGAAUUAUUAUGUCAAGAUAGAGCUUUAAAAGCUUUCAAUUUAACUGCUGAUAAAUGGGGUGUCAAUGUCCAAACUUUAAGUGGAUCUCCAGCCAAUUUACAAGUUUAUCAAGCUAUAAUGAAACCUCAUGAAAGAUUAAUGGGUUUAGAUUUACCUCAUGGUGGUCAUUUAUCUCAUGGUUAUCAAACUGAUUCCAGAAAAAUUUCAGCCGUUUCAACUUAUUUUGAAACUAUGCCUUAUAGAGUUGAUUUAGAAACUGGUUUAAUUGAUUAUGAUAUGUUAGAAAAAACCGCUAUUUUAUAUAGACCAAAAGUCUUAGUUGCUGGUACUUCUGCUUAUUGUAGAUUAAUUGAUUAUGCUAGAAUGAGAGAAAUCGCUGAUAAAGUUGGUGCUUAUUUAGUGGUUGAUAUGGCUCAUAUUUCUGGUUUAAUUGCUGCUGGUGUUAUUCCAUCUCCAUUUGAAUAUGCUGAUAUUGUUACCACCACUACUCAUAAAUCUUUAAGAGGUCCAAGAGGUGCUAUGAUUUUCUUCAGAAGAGGUGUUAGAUCAAUUAAUCCAAAAUCUGGUCAAGAAAUUCUUUAUGAUUUAGAAAAUCCAAUCAAUUUCUCUGUUUUCCCAGGUCAUCAGGGUGGUCCACAUAAUCAUACUAUUACUGCUUUAGCUACUGCUUUAAAACAAGCUGCUACUCCUGAAUUUAAAGAAUAUCAAAUUCAAGUUUUAAAGAAUGCUAAAGUUUUAGAAACUGAAUUCAUUAAUAAAGGUUAUAAAUUAGUUUCAAAUGGUACUGAUUCUCAUAUGGUUUUAGUUUCAUUAAAAGAUAAACAAAUUGAUGGUGCUAGAGUUGAAACUGUUUGUGAAAAAAUUAAUAUCGCAUUAAACAAAAAUUCUAUUCCAGGUGAUAAAUCUGCUUUAGUUCCAGGUGGUGUUAGAAUUGGUGCCCCAGCUAUGUCUACCAGAGGUUUAGGUGAAGAAGAUUUCAAAAAGAUUGUUUACUAUAUUGAUUUCGCUGUUAAUUACGCUAAAGAAUUACAAGCUUCAUUACCAAAAGACGGUAAUAAAUUAAAAGAUUUUAAAACUAAAGUCUUAGGUUCUGAUGAUCCAAGAUUAGCUGCCGUUAAAGCUGAAAUCUCUGAAUGGGCUGGUGCUUUCCCAUUAUCUGUCUAAGUCUAAUAUUGAUUUGAUUUUAUGUUUUUAAGCUUAAUGUUUUAUUUUUAUUUCACUCUUAUAUAUAUCUACGUAUAU